AAUUCUGAAUACAUACUGAAGAAAAUGGUUUCCCAGGCCUUCCCAAUUGUGUCGAAAUGCCUAGUUUCUCCCGACCAAAAAUCAAGCCUAAGAGAGCUCAAGCUCUCAGUUUCCGAUCUCCCAAUGCUGUCGUGCCACUACAUUCAAAAAGGCGGCUUAUUCGAAAAGCCGCCGUUGCCAAUCUCCGACCUCCUCUCCCGAUUAAAACGCAGCCUCUCAAAGUCGCUCACCCAUUUCCCGCCGCUGGCUGGCCGCCUCACCACCGACGCCACCGGCCACGUCUACAUAGACUGCAACGACGCAGGCGUCGAGUUCAUCCACGUCAACGGGUCCCACCUCCACGUCAGCGAUCUCCUGGGCCCCACCGCCGCUGACGUGCCCGCGGCCGUUAAGAGCUGCUUCGCCCUCGAUCACGCCGUCAGCCACACGGGCCAUUUCCGCCCGAUUCUAGCCGUCCAGGUGACGGCGCUCGCUGACGGCGUCUUCAUCGCCUGCUCCGUCAAUCACGCCGUCGCCGACGGCACCUCGUUUUGGAAUUUCUUCAACACCUUCGCCGAGUUCGCCAGAGGCGUGGAGGCGAUAUCGAGGUCCCCGGAUUUCAGCCGCGACUCGAUUUUGACAUCCUCCGCGGUUCUCCGGCUGCCGGAGGGCGGCCCCGUGGCUUCUUUCUCCGCCGAAGCUCCGAUCAGGGAGAGGAUUUUCCGCUUCAGCAGAGAAUCGAUUUUGAAGCUUAAAUCAAAAUUGAAUAAAACUGACGGCAACGUUAACGUGGCGGAGGUGAUGGGCAAGCACGCCAACGACACGCGCGUUAGUAAACAGAAACCGUUAAUCUACGCUGUUAAUCCGACGGUGGAGAUCUCGUCGUUCCAAUCGCUGUGCGCGCUGCUGUGGCGUGGGAUCACGCGCGCGCGGGAGCUUCCCCCGGGAAAAACGACGACGUUUCGGAUGGCGGUGAACUGCCGGCACCGGCUGGAGAAGAAAUUGGAGCCGCUAUACUUCGGGAACGCGAUCCAGAGCGUUCCGACGUCGGCAUUGGCCGGAGAGGUGGUGGGGAGGGACAUGCGUUGGUGCGCGGAGCAGCUGAACGAAACCCUGGCGGCGCACGGCGGCGCGGAGGUGCGGAAGUGCGUGGAGGAUUGGGAGAGGGAGCCGCGGUGUUUUCCGUUGGGGAAUCCCGGGGGCGCGAUGGUGAUGAUGGGGAGCUCGCCGAGGUUUCCGAUGUACGACAAUGAUUUCGGGUGGGGGAGGCCGGUGGCGGUGCGGAGCGGAAGGAACAAUAAGUUCGAUGGGAAGAUAUCGGCGUUCCCGGGUCGGGAAGGGGGCGGGUCGGUUGAUUUGGAGGUUAUUUUGGCGCCGGAGACUAUGGCGGGUCUUGAGUCCGACUCGGAGUUCAUGCAAUAUGUGACUGUUUGUUAAAUGUUACUGUCUCUGUCCACUUUUAGGAGUUCUCAUUCCUUGGCGGCAUUGGUUUAAUAUGAAUGUCACUUGUAUAUAUUAGUCUUAAAUAAAAUAUCAAUGGAAUGUGUUAAUAGAGUGA